AUGGCAAAGAAAAAGGGCGACGAGAAAGUGAAUCAGACUCCUCAAAGUGACAAUGAGGAGCAAAAUUUUGAUGAGGAACCUGAUUUUGACGAUCCGGAAGGAUACGUAGAUGACAUUCCCGACGAAGAAUUGUUGGCGGAUAUUUUAGAGAAAAAGCCCAAGGAAUCCGACGGGUACGAGAAUGUUGUUGUAGUUGACGGAUGCCCGCAGGUCGGGCCCGAACGUCUGGAGAAGUUACAGAGUGUAAUAAAUAAGAUCUUCGGCAAGUUCGGAAAGAUCGUCAGCGAUUAUUACCCGACCAGCGAGAAUGGUAAUACAACGGGAUACAUUUUCCUCGAGUACGAUAACCCACAGAAUGCGGCCGAGGCUGUAAAGGCAACAAAUAACUGCAAAUUAGACAAACAGCACACGUUUUUAGUGAAUCUUUUCACAGACUUUAAAAAAUAUUCAGAAAUCCCUAAAGAAUGGGAACCCCCUACACCUCAGCCAUUCAAGGUGCAGUCAGACCUACAAUGGUACCUGAUGGACCCUGAUGCUUAUGACCAGUACCUGGUGGGAAUUGGCACUGGUGUUGCCCUUCAAGUGUGGCAGAAUGCUUUGCCAGAGCCUGUGCUGCUACAGGAGAGGCCGAAUUGGACCGAAACAUAUGCUGUUUGGUCACCCCUCGGUACAUACUUGGCAACAUUCCACUGGAGAGGUGUUGCCUUGUGGGCUGGGCCUAAAUUCUCCCAGUUCCAAAAGUUCUUCCAUCCCGAGGCGAGGUUCAUCUCGUUUUCGCCAUGCGAGAACUACAUUGUCACCUUUUCACCGAGCAGUGAUAGAGGUGAUGAUAAGAAGCUGAUAAUUUGGGAUAUCAGAACUGGGCAAGAGAAACGUAGUUUUCCACCACCAGACGAGUACGUCACGUGGCCGAUAUUCCGCUGGAGCAAAGACGACAAAUUCUUCGCCCGCCUCGGUGCUGAUGUACUGUCUGUCUACGAAACCCCGGGCUUCGGCCUUCUCGAUAAAAAGUCCAUCAAGAUCACAGGGAUAAGGGAUUUCAGCUGGUCACCAACAGAUAACGUGUUGGCAUAUUGGGUGGCUGAAGACAAAGACGUGCCAGCCCGUGUAACAUUGUUAGAGCUACCCAACCGCACUGAAAUUCGCUCUAAGAACUUAUUCUCCGUCGCUGACUGCAAGAUUCACUUAUUGAAGAAGUAUAUUGAAAUGUCCGGCAUUGAGUGGGAUCCAACCGGUCGAUAUGUCGUUACAGGGGUGUCGUCACUCAAGUGCAAAAUGGACUGUGGCUACUACAUCCGCUCCUUCCAGGGCAAGGAACUGGUCGCCAAGCGCACAGAGCAGAUGAAGAAGCACGUGGAGUACAGAGAAGCGAAGAAGGAGGAGUGGGCUGAGCAGAAGCCGCGCAGGCUUGAGCUUAGAAACUACGUCGACACCGACGGCCUGGACACCGACCAAGCGAACACUGUGGAGGAAGUAGUUGAAUUCUUUGUGAAAGAGGAACAGACCGUCAUCGAG